AUGUCAAGACCUCGACGUCGCGGUCAUAAGGAUGGCGGCCAUGGCGGCCAAGCCACCACGCUCAGCAGUGUCGUAAACCUGCUAAACACAAGCUUUCAAGUUGUCGGAGCUGGCACCCUUGCCAUGCCCUCUGUUAUGUCCCAUAUGGGAAUCAUGCUCGGCGUAAUCCUCAUCAUAUGGUCUGGAUUGACCGCUGCUUUCGGCCUUUAUCUUCAGUCUCGAUGCGCCCGAUAUCUCGAACGAGGAACGGCCUCCUUCUUUGCCCUGUCGCAAAUCACAUAUCCCAACGCUGCCGUUAUCUUCGAUGCUGCAAUCGCGAUCAAGUGUUUUGGAGUCGGUGUAUCAUACAUGAUUAUUAUUGGGGAUCUCAUGCCUGGUGUGGUGUUGGGUUUCUUGAGCAAUGCUAAUAGCGCUCCGUAUCUGGUUGAUCGCAACUUUUGGAUCACUGCGUUUAUGCUCCUUAUUAUCCCCCUCAGCUUCUUGCGGAGGUUGGAUUCACUAAAGUACACCAGCAUUGUUGCAUUGGUGUCUAUUGGGUAUUUGAUUGUCUUGGUGAUUUAUCACUUUGCAUCUGAUAAGCAUGCCGACCCAGGUAGCAUCAGGGUAAUCCAAUGGGGCGGAGCCAUCGAGACACUGAGCGCUCUACCUGUUGUGGUCUUUGCCUACACUUGUCACCAAAACAUGUUCUCCAUUCUGAACGAAUUAAAGGACAAUUCUCCUAGGAGUGUUGUCGGAGUCAUUGGCACCAGCAUUGGAUCUGCUUCCUCCAUUUAUAUUGUUGUAGCUAUUACUGGCUACCUUACCUUCGGAAAUGCCGUUGUUGGAAACAUCGUGUCGAUGUACCCUACUGGAGCUGCUUCGACAAUCGGCAAGGCAGCUAUUGUUGUCCUUGUUACUUUCUCGGUUCCUUUGCAAGUGCACCCAUGCCGAGCUUCAUUGGACGCUGUUCUGAAGUGGCGACCAAACCGCAACUCAUCCAACAAUGGCCGAACUGCAACACCGUUGCUGCCUGCAUCUCCACCUGGAGACCACGGGAGCACUGCUCCCAUGUCUGACCUUCGUUUCGCAGUCAUCACCACCUUUAUUCUUACUUUCGCCUACAUGACUGCUCUCUCGGUCACCAGUCUUGAUCGUGUCUUGGCCUUUGUUGGCAGCACAGGAUCAACCUCUAUUAGUUUCAUCCUUCCCGGCCUCUUCUACUACAAGAUCAGCAACCCAGACAGUACCUAUCAUCAACGAUUGGUCAAGGAAGACGAUGAUAUCGACGAAGACUCUUCCACUUCUGACGUUGAAGAAUCUGCUGCUCUGGCCCAAAGCACAACCAGUGUUCGCAGUGGUGCGAGCGUCGUUAGCAAUGCCAGCACUCGUAGCAACCGAAACUCCUGGCGGUGGCGACGCAAGUGGCGCUGGGAUCUCGAACAUAUUGAACACCACCAUCUACGCAGAAUGGCACUUGCUCUCGCCAUCUAUGGAGCCGUUGUCAUGUCUACAUGGUAUUGGGUAGCGCUUCAAUACAAAUAG